ACUACAGGCUGAACUACAGACCGGACUAAAGGGUGGACUACUUGGUGAACUACAGACCGGACUACAGGCUGAACUACAGACCGAACUACAGGCUGAACUACAGACCGAACUACAGGCUGAACUACAGACCGGACUACAGGCUAAACUACAGACCGGACUACAGGCUAAACUACAGACCGGACUACAGGUUGAACUACAGACCGGACUACAGGCUGAACUACAGACCGGACUACAGGCUGAACUACAGACCGAACUACAGGCAGAACUACAGACCGGACUACAGGUUGAACUACAGACCGAACUACAG